CUUUAUUGUGCGGCGGAGCGUUGCCUGUUCUUGUUGAGGCAUUUUCAAGAAGUGGGAAGGUCCUGAGCAAUAUCAUAACUUUUGUUGACCUUGCUGAGUGUGUCAGCUGCGCAGUUUAUGGGAACGAUCCAGAGUGGAGGCAGCAGGCGGACCUCUUCUCCCCCGGCUCCGUGAAUUAUCCCCACCAAACCUUUCUUUUGCAGCCUUUGGGAGAUUUCAGAAAGUCUGAUUUAUAUGAAGGAGGAACGUCGACAGGGGUGCAGCACUGAAGCGUCAGGUCUGCAGCAUAAAGGAGUGAUUAAUUUUGACGAAGGAUUUCAAGAGGGGCCUCGAUCUUCCGCCAUGGCGUCCCGCACCAAUAUGCGGAUGAUGCUCAUGCGGGAGCAGCUGCAGAAGGAGGAGCAGCGGGAGAAAGAGCAGCAACAACAGGCAGCUAUGCAUUUAAUGCAACAGCGCAUGCCGAUCAAUACCACACCUGCUAUCAACGUCAGCAACUCCAUCCAGUACCCGACGCGCCCGGAGGUUCCUCGAGAGAUUCUAAAGGUCGAGACUCACCUGGAGAAUCCGACCAAGUACCACAUCCAGCAGUCACAGAAGCAGCAGUUGAAGCAGUUCCUCUCCACCAACUUUGGCACCAAGUUAGCCAUGCAGUCUCUGGGACACGCGCACUCCCCUCAGCCUUCAAAUAUCUCGCCUGGCUUGAGGAACGACCAUGGACUGUCUGGAUCCACAGGAAACAGCGCCCCGAACAGCCCCAUGGCCUUGUUGAACAUUGGCUGCAACAUGGAACGAGAGAUGGAUGAUGUAAUUGAUGAUAUAAUUAGCCUGGAAUCCAGCUAUAAUGAUGAUGUCCUUGGCUACAGAGACCCCAUUGUUCAGAUGCCAAACACCUUGCCUCUAUCCAGCAGCCACAUGGAAGUCUACACAACUCAUGCCAUUGCAGCACCCACUAGCAACUCGUGUCCUGCCAACAUUGCCAUUAAAAGGGAAAUAUCAGAUACAGAAGCCCGAGCAUUGGCUAAAGAGCGACAGAAGAAAGACAAUCACAACCUGAUUGAACGCAGGCGGAGGUUCAAUAUCAACGAUCGGAUCAAAGAGUUGGGACUGAUGAUCCCCAAAUCCAGUGACCUGUCCUGUUCGUUGCUGCACAGGGAUGUCCGCUGGAAUAAGGGGACGAUACUAAAAGCCUCGGUCGAGUAUAUCAAACGACUGCAGAAGGAUCAGCAGAGAACCAGGGAGAUGGAAGGCCAAUCGAAGAGGCUGGAAAUGGCCAACAACCACUUGCGGUUUCGCAUUCAGGAACUGGAAAUGCAAGCGCAGGCUCAUGGACUCUCCACUGUCUCACCCUCGGGGCUAAACACACCGGAGCAACUCGGUUCUUGCCUGAAAGACGAGGAGAACCCCAUGGAUGCACUUCAACAGCAGCAGCAGCUGAACCGGCACCACCAGCAACCUCCUCAAAGCCAAGCGGAUUUUGCUCAGUCCUUUGGCUUCUGUGACAGCUCGCUGGGCUAUGCUGACCCCAUGGGCCAGUUUACUGACCUCUCCUUCAGCGUCCCCACCAAAGCAGAUUACCAGCUGGACGACAUGCUGAUGAUGGACGAUACGCUCUCCCCCCUGGGGAAGGACCCCUUGCUCUCAUCCGUGUCCCCAGAGGCCUCGAAAGCAAGCAGCCGAAGAAGCAGCCUCAGCAUAGAUGACGGUGACAUGCUGUGAUGUUGGCCUCAGCUGAAACCACCAUGCAAGGUGCGGAGAUGCCAGCUUUUUGAGCUACACGAAUUUCCUGAACUCGUAUGGAAUUUUAAGAAGUUGCUGUCUUUUUUUUUACUGACUUAAUUGGGUUUUGAAGAUUUCCAUGUCCUUUUGCAGACCAUAUUUUACAGUGAUUUUGUGGAGGUUGCCUUCCCUACCUUCAGUGUGGCCCGAGUGGUCCGUGCCACACCAUGUCCAUAUGAGCACCUGCACCAUCCCUUCCUCUCCCAGCAGGGAAUAGCAUAUGCCCCACACCCAGGUAAAUGGCUGACCACCAAGGAACGAACCAUCGUCUAAGGAAGGCAUUUGGUUUAAGGUUGUAAAAAUGCAUCGGUGUUAUUGCGUCACUGAGCUGGAGUUGAGGUUGGGGGCUGAGAGGCUGGGAGUUGAAGCUGGGGGUUGUGUUAAGUUGGGGCUGGGGGUUAGUGGAGGGUUCUGAUAAGCUGGAGUGGGGGUUUAUAGGGGGUU